AUGUGUAAGCUUAUCCCAGGACGUUAUUUCGAUAGUUUGCCAGAGGGCCAGACCAAAGACAGCCCUUUAGCAAAGACGCUCAAGGGUGCCAUCGCCUACCUCAAGGACACCGGCCACAGCAGUGCGAAUGGAAAGAGCCAGGCUAAUGCUUCAAAAGAUUUUAGGCCCCUUCGAUCACGGACGCCCCCAUGGCUUCGCAACCGCACGGAACUGCGUGCCUUGCAACAGACAAUGACCAUGCUGACACAAGUCAUACAGAGUCGUGCGAUCGAGCAGGGAGCGCUGUCGGAAGAACUGAAGAAGUCGAUUGGUGAGGAGAAUGAUGCUUUGAUAGACAUCAUGUAG